AUGUCCGCCCUGUGCACGGACCUGCAGUCUCCUCAACUUCCCCUCUUCAUCAAGUGCGCCAAUGCUGUCUCUGGCAUCGGGGACAACCGUGACAAGUUCGUGCCGAGGCCGUCAGCGAGCAGCCCUGAGCUGCUGGAUAUGUUCUUCUUCAUCGGUCAGCUCAUGGGGGUUGCCAUGCGGACGCAGAACUUGCUCAGUCUCGACUUCCCUUCUCUUGUCUGGAAGUCGCUGAUCGGCAUUGAGCUGGACGAGGAGGAUCUGAAGGCCACCGACUACUCCUGCUGGAGCUCCUUGCAGUUCCGCGAUGAGGACGGGCAAGCGAUCGGCGCCAACAAGUUUGAGGAGCUGUUCCAGUACACCUUCAUGACCGUUCUCACCGACGGCAAGUGUGUUCCUCUUUUCGAGGGAGGAGAGGAGACGCGCGUGACCUUCGAGAGGCGGCAUGAGUACGCGGAGCUGGUGAAGCAAGCACGACUGCGAGAGAGCAAGGAGCAGCUGAGUAAGAUGAGGGACGGGCUCUGCUCCAUCGUUCCUUCCUCCAUGCUCUGCCUCAUGACCCACGAAGAGCUCGAGCGGCGCGUCUGCGGGAUCCCCGAGAUCGACAUCGCAACCCUCAAGCGCCACACGCGCUACCGCGGAUCCUUCUCUGCGGACUCGCCCCACAUCCAGAUGUUCUGGGAGGUGCUGGAGGGCUUCAGCCAGGAGGAUCGUCGACUCUUCAUCCGCUUCGCGUGGGGGAGAGAGCGUCUGCCGCUCGAGUCAGACUACUCGGAGCACUCGUCCAUGAAACUUUUCCCCUCCGAUCGCGGGGACGGUGACUCUGUCCUGCCCGAGGCCGAGACGUGUUUCUUCAUCGUGAAGCUUCCCAAGUACAGAACCAAGGAGCUGAUGAAGGAAAACCUUCUUGCCGCCAUCACUGCCUGCCGAGAGAUCAACUACUAA